CUGGGUUUCUGAGAAUCUUUGAUUUGUUUAUUAAGUUUCGCUUUUGUAUUUUAAUGGAUGGUUGUUGUUGAGUUACGAAACUUGACGUAAAUUAUAGUGGGGGAGGACUUAUCUGCUUUUAAGAUAGUGGUCAAACCCUAACAUCUAUUUCUCUUCAUUCAAAACUAAACACGAAUUCAUGAUCAAAUCUGAUCUGGGGGUUUUCUUGAUUUAAGGCUAUUGUUGCUAUGCUCUGAUUUAUUGUUCAUCUUCUUCAAAGUUUGAUUCAGUUAAGAAGUUCAGCAAAUUUUACUGGCAGGAAAGUUUUCACGAAAACAACCGUUCUACUUUUUAAAAGUAUAUAGCUCAUAACGAAACCGACGGUCGUUAACAAACCCGGAUUCCGGAGCAAGUGAACCAUGAUUCGAUCCGUAUCACCGUUUGAGAACCGUAAGCUCUAUUUGUUGAAUGGCACCAAAGAAAGCACGAGCAUGCCAACGUCCCUAUUCAACGAACAUCAAAUUGUUUAUUCUUCAACACAAUCUUACAGUAAUGAGAGCUAUGAUCCGGCUAAGUACUUUCUUGUUUCCCCGACCGAAGAACACAAUUCCGGAAACUGUUUGACAUCCUCUUACGAGCUUUUACCUGCCCAAGAAGACACAUUUAACGCCUUUCAAUCGAGUCUUGAACCCGAGUACUUGUUAAGUGACAAUUUCGAAGGAUUAAGCUAUGAUGAAGAUAAGAUGAGAUUAAAGCUUCAAGAACUUGAAAAGGUGCUUCUUGAUGAUGACAACGGUAAUGAAAAUGACGAUUCUGACCCUAGUCGGAGCAUGGAAAUCGAAGGGGACUGGGGUUAUUCCGUCAAUGAUAACCUUCAUGAAUCGCCAAAAGAAUCGUCUUCAUAUGAUUCUUAUGUUAGUAGUAUCAGUAGUAGCAAAGAAGUCUCUUUGAAUACCCAAAGGGCUCAUGCAACUACUCCUAAAGAGUUGCUUUUUGAGUGUGCCAUUGCAGUCUCUGAAGGAAAUAUUGAGGAGGCAUCGAACAUGAUAAAUGAGCUCCGGCAAACAGUUUCGAUUGACGGAGAACCGUCACAGAGGAUUUCAGCUUAUAUGGUCGAAGCUCUUGCCGCCCGUGUGGCCACCUCUGGCAACGGUCUGUACAAAGCUCUAAAAUGCAAAGAACCGCCUUCAACGGACCGGCUUUCUGCUAUGCAAGUGCUCUUCGAGGUCUGCCCAUGUUUUCGGUUCGGAUUCAUGGCGGCAAACGGCGCCAUUCUGGAGGCAUUUGUAGGUGAAAAAAGGGUGCACAUAAUAGAUUUUGAUAUUAAUCAAGGGAGCCAAUAUAUAACCCUGUUGCAAACACUGGCUAAGCAAAAUCCAAAGCCCCGUUUACGGUUAACUGGUGUCGAUGAUCCAGAGUCGGUUCAACGUCCCAUUGGUGGGCUGAACCACAUAGGGCUCAGGCUCAAGGAACUGGCAAAAUCGCAUCAUUUAGACUUUGAAUUCAACGCCGUGGCGGCAAAUACGGCGGUGAUCCAACCGGAAACACUCAAUUGUCGCCAGGGGGAGGCAGUGAUCGUUAACUUUGCAUUUCAGCUCCACCACAUGCCAGAUGAGAGCGUUUCCACCGUGAAUCAAAGAGAUCAACUCCUCCGAAUGGUGAAGAGCCUGAACCCGAAACUAGUAACCGUUGUCGAACAAGAUAUGAACACAAAUACAGCUCCAUUCUUGCAUCGGUUCCACGAAGCGUACAGUUAUUACUCCGCGAUGUUUGAUUCUCUCGAUGCUACGCUUCCUCGAGAGAGCCAAGAACGAGUGAACGUUGAGAAACAGUGUUUGGCUCGGGAUAUCGUUAACAUAAUCGCUUGUGAAGGGGAAGAAAGGAUCGAACGGUAUGAAGUUUCGGGCAAGUGGAAGGCGAGAAUGAUGAUGGCCGGGUUUCGGCCGUGCCCGAUUACUCGAAACGUCGAUGAUACGAUUCGGAAGCUGAUAAAAGAGUAUAGCGAGCGGUAUACGAUGAAGGUGGAGACGAAUGCGAUCCAUUUCGGGUGGGAAGAUAAAGUGUUGAUCGUUGCUUCAGCUUGGAGGUAAGAUCAGGUUCGUUUAGUGGUUCGAACUCGUGAUCUCAGGGUUUGUUAAAAUGGGUUCGGUUCGGUUCGAUAUCUUAGGUUCCAAAGAAAAACUGUGUUAAUUAUGUGGUUUGAACUCAGUGAUUCGAUGGCCUAUAGAAAGUUGUUCAUUUUGUUUCCUGUAUGACAUUUAACUCUUCAUCUUAGGUCUAAUGAAACCGUUAAUUAUGUAUUGAUCU